UUAGAGAGUUUUCCACAUUUUCAAUUAUUUGUAGAAUUAUUUCAUGCUUUUCUUCAUUCAUUUUAUUUUGACCUCUCAAAUGAACUGGCAACCAAGGCCUAGUGUCGAAUGAUUCUUCAGCCAUCUCGCAGGCUGCCUUCCAAAGGCUUAAAGCCGGCUUAAUUUUCCGAGGCCGAAAAUCUUCAUCUAAUUUCCCUUUCGGGUAAAUUUUAUUUGAAUUAUUUUCAAUGAUUCGAAUAAUAUGUGCUGGUCGUUGAGCCUUCAAAAUUUGAUCCACUAAUUCCAUCCCAGCUUCUACUGAGAUGGUUUUUUCAUUUUUGUUUUUCCACCAAUCUUUUCGAAUUUUGGUCAAAGCCCAGAAGCACAAAAUUACUUGUAUGAGAGAUUCAACUGUUUUACUAAGUAGAGCCGAAUAAUCUUCUUUUAUUUCUUCUUUUCUUGCAAGAUCGAUUAUGUUGCCUAAUUUUAUUGAAGAACAAUUUUUGUGUCGUUGUGUACCUGGUGAACAACCGUACAUAACCGACCAACCAUAAUGCAAAAGUGCAUAUCCCUCGUUUUCUUCUUUAAUAUUAUUAUCCUUAACCGACUGUUGGUCAGUUUUUUCUUUAAUUUUAUUUUCCGAUGGAGGUUUUGGUAGUAACUUUUCCAGUCGGGAUGUGCAAACAACUGCCUGAUUAGGAAUUACUUCUUUAAUUACUUCUUUUUGUGGUAAUUUCUCUUUUUGCACUUUUGACACAAAGGAUUUUAAUCGAUCAUUCAGAUUACGUUCAUCGUGUUUAACGACUUUAUUUGGUGGUUCUUCAACUACAUCAUUUUUAUUAAUUAAAUUUUCGUGUUGUUCAUCAUAGUCCAAAGAAGCUUCUGAUUUUCCUUCUUCCAUUGGCCUGCAAAUUAUAAUAUUACAAAGACAUAUUUAUUUUCAACAAUUUGUUCGUUUCUUUCAGGUGUUAUUUUUUCUUGCCCAUUUAUUUCAAAACAGAACAAAUCAUUGACGGCUCUUCGAGUUUCCCCGUUUUUUGUCUUUAAAACUGCAGUUCUUCCUCCUGGAAGUAAUUUUUCGAUUAUGCCCAACUUCCAUAUUCCUCGAUUUUUUAUAUCAUCAUCUCUGAUGAUAACAACAUCUCCCAGUUGAGGAGAAUUUUCUGCGGUUUUAUCAGUUUUGACAAAAUUUUUCCUUUCGCGAAGCGCUAGUAAAUAUUCAUUAGACCAUAUUUUCCAAAACAGGUCUAAUCUGUUAGAUACCAGUUUUAAUUCUUCUACUAAUUUAUCUUUAUUUUUUAUUUUUUCAGGUAAAUAAUCGGGGUCCUCAACAUCUACUUUUGGUAAAUGUGGGAAAUCUGCGUUACCUUCUUCGUAAGGGAUAAGAAAGUCUAAUGGCCUUAAUGCCCUUACAUGUUCUGAAUCGGGUAGAAAGUUUAGUGGCCUUGAGUUAACAAUUGUUUGUAUCUCAUUAAUUAAAGUACGAAAUUCAUCUUCGAACAACAAUUUUUUACCAAUUGUUCUUUUUAAUGAAUACUUUAUUAAUCCGACCAUCCUUUCUACUAGCCCAUUCUUCCAAGGUGCUCUUUCAGUAACAAAAAUCCAAUUAAUUUCAUGAUCAGACGCAUACUUUUGUAUUUGAUUUUCUUUCCAAAUACUUGUAAGAACCUUUUCAGCGGCCUUAAAGUUAGUUCCAUUAUCAGAUAUCAUCAAUUUAGGCUUUUUGUGUUGAGCUAUAAAGCGUCUAAAUGUAUGUAGGAAGGCUUGCGCCGAAAGAUCCUCCGCUACUUCAAGAUGAACGGCGCGGGUACUUGUGCAAGUAUAGACCGCGACCCAUCUUUUCUGAUGGUCCCCAUUAGUUGUUUUUAUAGUCACAUGUCCAAAGUAGUCAACAGCGGAAUGCAUGAAGGGACGAAAUGGAUUUACGCGUUCGAUUGGUAAAGUUGGGAAUUGAGGUUGCGCGUACGGUUUAAUCCAAUAUCUUUUACAGAUUUGGCAUUUUUUCACACACCUUUCAACUUUUUUCCGGGUUAUCCAAUAUUUUUGUCUCAUUGUGGCAAGAACAACAUUGGUUCCUGAAUGAGCCAUUUUUUCAUGUGCUUCUAUGAUAAUUAAAUCGGUUAGAGUUGAAUUUUUUGGUAACCAAAUGGGAUAUUUUGUCUCUUCAUUUUGGUUACUUAAUUCUAUUCUUCCUUUACACCUAUAAAUAUUUUCAUUGUCUUUAAACAAUUGAAGAUUUUGAAUUGUAUCCUCUGAUGGAGGAUUCAUUUUUUUGACUUUCUCUUAUCAGAAAUUGUUCCGCUAAUUCCAUCUCAGAAGGUUUAGGAUAACAAGCUUUUGUUUCCAUUACUUCUUUUAUUUUUAAUAAUUUUUCAUUUUUAGGGGUAUGCUUUUUUAUAACCUUUAUUUUAAUGGCUCUAAAGAUGUAAACAAUAGUCUUUUUUAAUUUUUUAAGACUAGAGAAUCGAUCAGGUUCAACCAAAUAAGCGUCUUCCUUUAUUGGUAGACACAUUUCAUGAAAUGGUUGAGGGUUUAAUUUUUCUACCCUUUCACCCGGCACAUAUUCGAGUUCUGUUUUGGGCCAAUUUUCUUCUUCUUCAUGAAGAAAUUCAGGUCCUUUGAACCAUAAGACAUUAUUGGCUAAUUCGCUCGGAGGAAUUCCCCUACUCGUCAUAUCCGCCGGAUUUUCCUCGGUUCGGAUGUAUUUGACCGUAUUUUUUCGAAUAGGCCUUAAACGUCUUUCUAUGAAUGGUUCUUGCUCCGAUGUGCUUUUUAGCCAAUGAAUGACUAUUUGCGAGUCAGUCCAUAGCGUCUUUUUAUUAAUUUUUAUAUCGAGCAUAUUUUCUGUGUACUCCAACGCUUUUGUGGCUAGUAAAGCGGCGUGAAGUUCCAUCCGUGGAAUCGUUAAUUUUGCUUCGCAUUUGCCAAUUUGCGCUUUAGGCUUUACUCGGCUUUUAGCGAAAAUCAGAGUCGAUUCGAUAUCCGCACCUUUUUGAGAGCGGAGAUAGAUCGUGAAUCCUAAUGCUUUGUCUGAAGCAUCGGAAAAUGCGCAUAAUUGGAAAUUUGUCUGUUUUGUCAAUUUCCAUGAAAGCACUCUUCUAGGAAUUUUUAUAAUGCUACAAUUUAAAUAUUCGGUGGCGAUUUCUUCCCAUUCCGUUUUUAAAUCCUCAGGUAAAUCAUUGUCCCAAGGAAGGUUUGCUUCCCAUAAUUUUUGCAUCAACCAUUUUCCUUUUAGGAGAGCGGGUGAAAUGAGGCCGCAAGGGUCAAAACAUUCAGCGAUAGUUGCUAGUACUUUUCUUUUUGUCCAUUGCUUUUCCUCAGUCAUUUUUGGUACAGGGAGUUUUAAAGAUAGUGCAUCAUAGAAUGUAUCCCAAAUUAUUCCUAGUAUUUUUUGUUUAGCGCUUGAAUGUAAGUUCGUUGUUCUCGCUUCUAUAGGAAGCUUAUCAACAGGUAUAGCAUUCAAUUGUUUGAUCGCAUUGGUAAAUAUUUCACGAAAGUUCCAUCCGGCUUCCUGAAAUAUUUUUCGCGCUUCCAAGAUAUCCUUUUCAACUUCAGAUUUUUCUUCUGCUCCGAUUAGAAAGUUAUCGACGUAACCUGCCUUUUUUAAUUUAUCGGCAGUUGAGCUAUCAUAUUUUGCUAAAUGAUAGUCUACCGUCAUUCCUAAAAUGGAGGGAGAACAAUUAACGCCAAAGGUUACUCGGGCAUAUCUGAAUAUUUUCAAAUCCUCAUCAUUUUGGGACGAGGCUGGUUUUUUAACGUCCUUAACCCACAAAAAUCUAACGCAAUUUCGGUCUUCGUGUCGCAAGCUUAUUUGUAAAAAAGCUGCUUGCAAGUCUCCUGCUAUUAGAUACGUGGGCAGACGACAUCGCAUAAGUAAUCCGCAUAAAUCUUGUAUUGUUACGGGGCCUUGGUGUAGACAAUCGUUAAGAGAGGGAUUAUCCUUCCGGCUUUUUCCGCUUGCAUUAAAUACGAUCCGGAAUUUUGUAAAAGUUUUAUCUUCUCUUACAACCGGAAAGUGCGUCAAAUAGUGGAUUUGUCCACCAUCAUCUUGGUUUCUUGGUAUUUCUUCGAUGAUUCCUUUUUCCACUUGGUCCGCGAAUGUCUGUUCAUAGAGCGCCAAAUGAUGUGGAUUUUUCUUUUGUUUAUCUUCUAUUUGAUUUAAAAGCAUCGAUUUAGCCAUUCGGUAAUUGCUAGGCAGUUUUGGACAGGGAUCUUUCCAUAACCAGCCAGCUUCAUACCGUCCAUUUUUAAAGGUUAAUUUCGAUUCAAAUUCAUUCCUUAUUUUUUCAUCUAAUUUUUGAUUAGAUAUAUCAUUUAUUCCUAUACUGUCUAAGGAAUAUAAUUUUUCUAAUUUAUCCUCUAAAGUGUCAUUGCCAAAAUCAUCCUCUUCGGUAAUAACGACAUUUGAUCUAUCAAUUGAGGGAAAAUUUUUAUUAUUGGAAAUUUGUCCUUUUCCUCCAAUUAUGGGACCAAUUGCGCUAUCAGCGAGCCAAAGUCCACAAUUCAAUUUUUUCUUGCGAACUAAGUUUAGAUCAAAGAAGUAUUCCACCCCUAAUAAAACAUCAGGCUCAACUAAAGAAUGAGGUGUUAAGACUGCAGGCAUUUGAGAAAUCAAACUGUUCAAAUUGUCUAACUGGCCAACUUCAACAAUCAAUUGUCCUUUGGAAUGUUUUUCUAUUCCUAAUCUGAAUAUUUCAGCAUUAAAUUCAAUCACUGGGGAACGAUUAGCAGGAAAAGGUUGGAUUCUUUGAACUUCUUUUUGAGAAGUUUGCAAUCCUAACUUUUGAGCAAUUCCCUUCCUGAUAUAAGAUUUCUGCGAACCACAGUCGAUGAAAACGAUUCCUUUAUAAUUUUUGUCUGGAUUAGAUGGAUUGAAUAGAACAGCUUCUCGGCAAAGUAGUAUUCUUUUUUGUCGAGGCUUUCGUAAAAUAGCAGAAUUUUGUAAAACUUCUCCUUCUAUUUUAAUAUUAUU